CUUAUAACACUCUUGUUCACUCUCCUGUACCGUCAAUCUUUGAUACUCUUUUACAAUUGGAACAAAGUUAUAAUAAUGCUGUUAAGGAUCUGGUUACCUCUCAUAAAAUAGAAAUGGAAUUGGAGCAUGUUGGUAUUGGUCCCAGUCAAAACGGUUUCUCUUAUAUGUCUGAAAGACAAACUGAAGACAUUGAAUAUAGCCAAGCCACCCUGGAAAGCGGACUCGAUGAAUUAAAAAAAUCUCAAAAACAAGAAUAUUGCGAUUUUGUUAUCAAACUUUAUAAUGCACAUCAACGUUGGAUAACUGAACAUCAAUCAACUAUGGAUUCUAACUGGAUGUGCAGAAUUGAUGGAAAAGAAAUUGUUUCCGAAGUUAUUACAGAUAUGAAAAAGCAUUACAAACAUCUAUCAAAUGAAAUUUUAAAACUUGAUCAAGGUAGUAGACCACGAAGUCGACAUGGCAGUAUUAGUUCAUUGACAGAUGAAGAGGAUCCUUCAACGAUGCAAAUGAUAAAUGAUCUUACAGAGAUGGGUUUUGACGAUAAACAAGCAAGAAUAGCUCUUGAUAUGACCGGUGGAAAUAAGGAACACGCGGCCAUUCUUCUUAUAGAGCAUCUGGAUAAGAUUAAUGCUCAAAUCGCCAAUGGAAUCAAUGGGAUUCCCAUAAUACCACGACGUCCUUCAACACCAAGUAAUAAUUCUUCCGAUCACAAAGAACUAUCUGGUUCUCUUUCACUUCGACGUCCGAAAAAUCGUCGUCCUUUAACUAUCUUAACGAAACUAGAAAAAAGAAAUACAUGGUCUCCUAUAUCUUUUUUUCAACAAAAAAACGGGAAUACUCCAAAUGCACCAACAAAAAGAUUCACCGGAUGGCUUGGAAGAAAAGAUGAUGCUAAUGGCAAUGGCCCAAUGAUGCAUUCUGAUAACUCUCAACUCGGUGAAUCUUUUACAAUUACCCUGGGAAAUCAAGUGAAAUCAACACAUAAUCUUAGAUUAUUGGUAGCUGAUGUGGAUGAUUUGCUAAAAUCCUCAAAUGACCAACUAAAAGAAAUGGCGCAUAGAGCUCAAACUGCUGCAAAUUUGUAUUCACAAGACUUGGCGGCAAUUGUCUUACUUCUGACUCCUCAAGAUUGGCCAACAUAUAAGUUUGGGAAGGGUGCUAAUAAAGAAUCAACUGAAUUUCAUUUUGAUGAUGUCGAAACACAACUUGAAGCUAUUGAAAAGGAUUUUACAAAUGACCGAGGAGUUUCAUCUAUAGAAGAAGAGAGAUUCGAUAUUACAAAUAUAUCAUUACCAUUUCUUUUACUACCUUCAAACAUUGAUUGCUUUUCUGAUCCAUUAUUUGAAGAAAAAGAAGGUGAUUUAUCUAAAAGAGGUGAGAUUGUACUAAAAUGUGCCAAAGGAUUCAUGAUGAAGAAUUCCAGAGUACCAAAACAUAUGACUGUUAAAGAGCAAGAGACGAAGACUGUUUCGUUUUUAUUGCCAAAGGGUGCUAGUGAACAACAGUUUAAUUCAUUUAGGAAUUUGUUAACAUCUAUAUUUAGAGCUAAUUAG